GAAGGUGUGCUACAAGCGAUCCACGCACCGCAAGAGGGCCCGCCCGAGCCUCUGCGGCGAGGGCUUCAGGUGGGACCAGGUGGCCACCUGCCUCCGCGAGGGCAGCAGCAACGGCGCCCACUGCUUGCCGCCAUGCGGGGGGCAGGCGGGCAUGUGCGAGACCUUCUGCGGCAAGGGCGGCGCCUGCUGUAAGAGCGGGGACCCGAGGGACCCGGCGGAGUGCGAGGGGGCCACUGGGUUCCUCGACUUCGGAGGCUCGGACUACCACCAGUGCGUCAGGCCAGGCCCGAACCUCGCCUUCACCGUAGAGGGCGCCGGCGUGCGCGCGGUCAACGGGCUUUACGUACAUUCGGGCGAGCACAGCGGGAGGCCACGCUACCUCAAGGCCCGCUCGCCGAAGACCGUCAUGGAGUGGAGCGAGUCGCGGAAGGCCUGGCGCUUCUUCGUCGACGACACGUGGUUCGGGGUGGGCCGCGCGACCCUGUACCGGUCCUCCGCGGACACCGCGACCUUUCGGGGGUUGCUGAAGGUGCCUGUCGAAGUGCCCUCCUGGUUUCGCGCCCUCUGGCAGCUCGAAGUGCGUGCAGGCGUGCGGGGGCGGCUUCCCCGCGGAGGGCAUGGGCGUGUGCGGCGUCAGCCAGGGCGAGCUGGUGAUCGCCACGACCGAGAUGGUCGGCAUGGUUGCCAGCGGCGCCAUCCCAGUCGUACCUGCUCGUCAACGAGAUGAAGGAGCACGGCGUCCGCGCCGACAAGCUCUCUUCCACGAUCGACGUCUUCAUCGAGAUGGGAAAGCCCUUCGCCCGGCCGCUGUGCCCCGUGGAGUAGCCGCGAGCCCUGCCCGAGGAGGGAAAAGCAGCACUCACGCAAGCUGCUGGGGCUCCGCGCGGACUCCUUGGAUCUGCGCUGCCCCCCCCCCCCCCCAGGGCGGCACCUCCAGUGCCGCCCCUGGCGCGCGUUCAGUCUCCGCAGUAAUUCUUCACGCUUCGCGUGUCCCCACCAGCCUAGUGUUCGGACGGCUUUCGACCCGCCUCGCGAG